AACCCAAGGCGAGUCCCCUCCGCUGAGGAACGGGGAGACACGGACUGGCUCGGGGUCCGGGUGCUGUCUGCGUUCAAACAGAGGCAGGAGACAACCAUACCACACACUCCUAACGUCCUCCCAACGGCCAAAGUUAUACUGAAGAGUAAGAGAGCAGGUAUGGAAAAUAACGUGGCACCUUAGAGGAAGAAAAAUAAGUGUUAGACAGCAUCUGGACUGCAAGUGUGGACCUCCUCGCCACAUCAAUUCUGCCUAUGACCCUGCGCUCCACCGCUUUCAAGAACACUGCAACCUCCAGAAAAAAAACCUUUGACUAGCGUUGCCAUAACGCAAUGCAUCGAGAAGAAAAAUCGACCGUAAUUCCGUGUGAAGUAAGACUACAACUCGUAGAUAGUUAAAACCAGAACGCCGACCUCUGUGACCAGGAACACUAUUUCCAAUGUUUAGUCUACUAACGGGGUUUCAGGGCCAAGGAAAACAAUCUAGUUACGCCGAAAGUAACAUAAUUUCUGACCCAUUGUUUUGUGUUGUUUUUUUGCUUCCGUUCUACUGCCUCUUUCUUGAAAUUGUGUCGUCUACACUACAGGCAGUCAGUUGUUUAAUUUAUCGCGACAACAGUCUUACCAUUGACUGCAACUCGAGAGCCUAUCUAAAUAUCUCCCUAUGUGACAGCUAGCCUACGCAUAGGCAAGACUACCUCAACCUGACAUCUAAAACAAGGAGAUUUUGGCAUCAAGGCAUAUCUGCACACACAAUAUUUAAGUUGGAGUCGAAGAGGAUUGCUUCAGAGAACUCGGCCAUACCCUCGGGAUUUCGCCAGAGUUGGGAGGACCCAGGGCUGUAGCCAUGCUCUCACUGGAUGAGCCGCUGGACCUGAAGCUUCCAAGGGGAUGUGUUAGUGAGAAGGACCACGACUCCAGGUCACCGCCCCUGAUACAUUCCCCCCCUUUGACAAAAAGAGCAAGACAGCUACGCAUGACGGAUGAUGGCACAGCUGUCAUCAUACUUUCAUCAUCUGCCUCACCACAAAGGGGUGGAGGUGCUGUGGUCCCCCAGGAGAAACCUGACCUUCAACCCCCCCCAGCUGUUGACCUCAGUGUGUCACCCUCUUCCCAACAGAUAUCCUGUUCUCCUGGAUUGACCAAUGGAAGGAAAGCAUCUCAUGUCUUCACUGACUCGCCUCAGAUACGGUAUGUAGAUGGAGGAGCCUCCUCUCAGGCUUUACAGUUUUUUGUUCCAAUUGGAGGAGGGGGUGGACUGCACCUCCCUUCCUCUGUGUUCGUUGGCCAACCGAAGGAGAAGUGGGGGUCUUCUGACCUCUCGGCGGAUGAGCAACUGGCCUGCCGGUGGAGGAAGUGCCACCUGCUCUUUGAUUCACUGCAGGAUUUGGUUGACCAUGUCAAUGACUUCCAUGUGAAGCCAGAAAAAGACUCUGGGUACUGCUGCCACUGGGAUGGAUGUGCUCGUAAAGGGCGAGGCUUCAAUGCUAGGUAUAAAAUGUUGAUACACAUCCGUACACACACCAAUGAGAAACCACACUGCUGCCCCACCUGCAACAAGAGUUUCUCACGCCUGGAGAAUCUCAAGAUACACAACCGCUCACAUACAGGAGAGAAGCCAUACAUUUGUCCAUACGAGGGUUGCAACAAACGUUACUCCAACUCCAGCGACCGCUUCAAGCACACACGUACGCACUACGUGGACAAGCCCUACUACUGCAAGAUGGUGGGCUGUCUGAAACGCUACACUGACCCAAGCUCCUUGCGCAAGCAUAUCAAAGCCCAUGGGCAUUUUGUGGCCCAGGAAUCCCCUGCAUCGGGUACCAUUGGGUCCUUGCUUAAAGGAGUACAGAUCGGGGGUCUAGGUGCAGGGACAGGUAUGAGGAAAGAGUCAGAGCUCUCAUAUAUCAGCAGGGCUCAUAUCAUCAUUCCAGGUUCAGCAGCUGCUUUUCUGGGCGGACACGGGCUUCAGGGGAUGGGGGGAUCGCUUCCUAUCACCUCCCUGAGUCCCAGACCGCUGGAUCUCAGCACAUUGGGUUGCCCCAGCUCUUCCCAAGCUGGCUUAGGGGGAGCCUCGUUCCUGUCCCUCAGUGGCUCCUCGCUUGGGCUGGGAAAAGCACCCUUCUUAUCCGCAGGGUUCCCCUCUCCUCCGCUAGGGCUGCCUAUGGUGCACAUACCAGGUACUGAGAGGGGAAGCAUGGGGGCAGGGCCGUAUGGGGAGGAGAGAGAAGAGGAACUAGAGGCAGGUGGCGUGCUUAAUCUCUCCACAGGGGCUUCACAUGACCCAUUGUCCUGGGUGGUCAUCCCGUCUGGCACAGUAGUGCUCAAACCAGCAGUGGUCAAUUGACUCACACAUCCAUAAACAGACACACAUUUAAACGCACAUUCCAUAAGAGAAAAGGAGUCGUCAUUUUGGAGGGUUAGGAGGUGGGAGGUGCUCAAUCAGGAGAGGACAGUUUUACAAUGUUCAAUGGUCGCUGUUUUCAGCAAACCUGUCUAUCAAAGCUAUACUUUCCUCUGUAUGUCACAUCUUUCUCCUAAUGAAAAUAUUUGGGACCAGUUUUGCACAUUUUGUUGUACAAUGCAGACACCUGCACCUCCCAUCCCAAAGCCCCUUCGUCAAUCUGUUCUAGUUUUUUUUUACAACGUACCCCUCUCAUCUACUUCAGUCAUUAAGAGUGUUUGCUCACACUCAGUGUUGAGUUUGUACGAGACGACAGUGUGUGCCGUGCCUUCAUGGCUCACAAGAAAUGGUCUUGAAUGACUGCAGUUCUAUCGCUUUUUCUUGAAGGCAAAGUGAUUGCACAGUGCAUAUGCUUAAGACCUAGAGACAGAACUGAAUAUCAGAGAUUCUUAGCUGCCUGCAACCUUAUUCCUCAGUGACAUUAGUGCUUGUCUCAGAGAUAGAAGCCUUAGCAUGCAGUUAUGUUAGAACCAUGUGAUAGUCUUGCGGGGGCAGGCAUGACCUCAGCAUUUCAUGAUGAGAGUGUAUGUCUGCGGACUAGUUCAAAUUCUCUCCCCAAUAUCAAUGAGAGUAGAUACGAACAAGACUGUAGGUUAAAAUCCACCUACAAGCCCCUCUCAGUUUUGCUCUUUUUUUGUUUAAGCUCUGCCCUCAGAAGAUGUUGUUUUUGGUCAGAAUAUUUCAAAACCACUAAAUAUGCUGGUCAUUCCUUUUCACAUUAACAUGAAACUCUACCAUGGUUGUCUCUAGCCAUAUAUUGUAACACAGGUCCGACCCCGCAAGAUUAGCACUAUGGUUGUGGAGAGGACGUCAUUCUCUGAGGUUAACUGCUGAGAGAAAGUAAGAAUUAGAACAUUUCAUAUUGGACAAAGGAGAGAGGCUAUAUUUCUUUAAUACUCACCUGUCACAGGUACAUGCACACUCUGCCUCAGUUACAGGGUCUGCUAAGGUGCUAAUGCACUUGCUGCUAACCUCUCUCUCGAACUGACCAUUAUACGUUUGUUUACUCAUCAACAAUAUAUAAUAAGGAACUGUUAAAAACUGACAAUCGGCUUAAACCGGGCAUGAACACUGUGGACCAGAUAAUCAUGCAGCCUUAAACAGCGUGUGUUUUACUCUCACCAGUUUAGGUACUGGGGUUCACACAAACCCCUCAAGCACUUGUGUAGCUGCUUUCCCAGGCUGGUGGGCCCUCGCCACACCUUCUGCUGGCUGCUGCUCCAGUUGGUUAAACUCUCCCAAAAACCCUUCGGCUGGUGAACUACCACAAUGGGGGCUUCAUCGGAAAGAGGUUAAUUUGUGCUCCUUGACGUGAAAUCAUCACUGACUAAAUCAGUUGUAUAAAUUUGGGGGACCGUUCAGUAAAUGUGGGCAUUUUUGAGAAUAUUUGGUGAAUUUAAAAUUUUACUUGAAAUUCAUUCUAGAAGAUAGUUGCACCAUCUGCUUAUUGACACACUUUUGUGCCAAAUGCUUUAAAAUGAAGCAUUCAGUUAAGAACACAUUCUCAGUACAAGACUUGUUCCGUAAACCUACACAUAUAGCAUAGUUAUACCACUAUAGUUUAUGUGCGAUUAAACUACAGCCUAGAACCGACCCAACCACCUACUUACAACUAAACUAAAUUGCUGCUUUGUAUCUUGAAAGCAUACAAAAUACAGACCCCUCGACUGGCCAUUGCAAGCCAAGAUCAGUAUUCUUUGUGUUGAGUACAUGCCUGAAGGCAACUCUAUAUUUUGAAUAGCAGCAAAAGCCGGUGCUAAGAAGGCUGACCUAGACAUGUUUUGUGAUCAAAUUUAUAUGUAACAUUUUCUAAAUGGCCCUGGGAGAUUAAAGAAGCAGUACAUUCCACACCCACCUCCCAACACAUACAUACUGAGUUCGUCAACAGUGUUGACUUUAUUGAUGUUUUGAUUUUUGCAAUAAUUUAGUUGGACGAGACAUUUUUAUGAUGUUGAAGUUGCUUUUAUUUACUUUGUCUGAACUAUUGCACACUGCCUCCAGCUUUUUCCAUUGUGAGUGUGUGUGUUUGUGUAUUUAUGUAUCCACAGUAAGUAACAGGUGUUCAUUGCUAUAGUUUUUGAAAAUGACCUUGCAAAAUACUUUCUCUGCUGUAACUAUUUAGGGACAUGAUCCAAACAGUUUUUCUCAUGUCACUGAACACAUGUACUGGUGCUGCUUGGGGUCCGCUAAAACAUCUAGAUACUGUGACCUAUUAAUCAGUGCCUAACCCAUACGCCACUCAUACCCCCUCCCACCGGCGCACAAAGAGCAACAGUUCAGGCCUCCCACUCCUGAAGCAAAUGGGUGAAAAGAGAGGGAGGAAGGGAGGCAUUUAUUCCCAUCAGCCCUUGCUUCUAGUGAGUGCUUGUCUGGGCCGCUCUGGGGGUGGUGUGAGUGCCAGCUCUCAUGUGCUGGUCGGCUAAACUAGGCCACUAAACUGUCUGCCCUCAAACGGCUUUUCUGUUGGCUCUCUGUUUAAGUAAAAAGCAUGCCUGAACUCUUUGCCCUGGACAAAAUAGUUCUGCAGAGAACACACACACACACACACACACACACACACACACACACACACACACACACAGUAAACAAACACAAGAAUAUCAAGCUGGCUGCAACUAUGUACAGGGGCCAUUUUGGUACAAGAGGAAAAUUGCCUCUGCAAAGAGACAGAACUUCUAGCUAACUAGCCUCUGUACUCCCCCUCCCCUCAGAUACCUAAAGAGGUUCAAGGCUACACCCUUGGAGAGAGUUCAAUACAGGAUACCGCUUCCUGUAUUACAUGGGUAUGAUGUCAGCAGGAGCAGUAGACUAUGUAAGCUCCUAACCAUCUUAUAUAUGAGCAUUCUGCCCUCUUAUGGAGAAAGCUGGUGACGACACCUAUGCUGCAUGGAAUUGCUCAACACACACACACACACACACACACACACACUGAAAGCUGAUGGCAAUGUUGACACAGAUCCUUUACUGGAUCCACAGUUUCAUAUAAAAUAAGCUGUUUGACAUAUUAACCCUUUGAGCACUCUCUGACUGGCCCUACAUAGAUCUUCUUUAAAAGACCCCUGCACACGCAUUAGCAAUUUUAGGACACUGCAAAGCAGUUUACUGUGAAUGGAAAACCAGUGCCUCUGAAGAGACCUUUGAAUCGAAAUGUUCUCCUAAUAAUAGACUGAGGAACCCUGGACUGGAAAUUUUCUCCAAAAGAGCAGAUUUCACACCAUGAAUUCUGAAUGGCUUAGUUUGUGAACAAUUCUGAUUUACGGUUGUGAGGGGACAGAAUGUGCCUUUAAUUCAUCCACAUCCUCCUUAUGGUAUAAUUAUAGCCUCAACAGGUUAUCUAGAUCAGAGGCAUUUGAACUGUGCAAGACCAGUCACACUGGAGAAGCUUCACAGGGCUCUACAUAGCAAUGCCUAGAUGCAAUGGUGGGUUUUAGUGUUCUCUUAAACCAGGGGAGAUGCCUUACUGGUGUAGGCCAGAGGUGCACAAAGGGUUACUGAUAGACUAUGGCCAGAUAAGGCCAGUAUUCAAUUUCUUUUGCACAUUUUGAAAUCUUUAAAUAACAGUAUUUUAUUUUCUCAAAGUGCCUUUUGUUGUAAGUGAAAUAUAGAGAAAAUACAGUAUAUGAAAAAUGAAUAUAUGGAUAAAUAUCUAUUUUCCUGGGGUCAUGUCGCAAGAACGAACAUGCAAAAUGUAAGAUGUAAAAGUCCAUAGUUAGUACAAAAUAACUAUGUGCUCCUGUCUUAGUGAUUUUAUUACAAUACUGAUAGUGUCAUAAGAGUAAAAAAUGUUUAAUAAAGUUGCAUUUGAUA